AUGCUGGAUGCCUGGUGGACGUUCAAUGAGCAUUUUAGGUACGUGGUGGAAAAAACUAGUCGAGUUGCGCGAGCCCUUAACCGCCUCAUGCCAAAUCUGAGGGGGCCUGACGAGAGACGACGACGCCUAUACGCUAAUGUGCUUCUGUCCGUGAUGCUCUAUGGUGCGCCGGUUUGGGGCAAUGAGCUGAAUUCUAGCAAAAGACGUGCAGCGCUCGAGACCGAACAUUAUAGGCUGUGCGCGGAGUGGCGAGAUCAGCUGGACAGACCCAAUACACCUGGGGAGUUUACGAAACUGGCUAUUGUCCCUAGAUUGGAAGCGUGGCUAUCCCGAAGAUCCGGAAGUAUGUCGUUUCAUAUCACGCAGAUCAUGACUGGUCAUGGAUGCUUUGCGAAGUUUUUACAUCGCAUCGGUAGAAGAGAGAAUUCGUCUUGUGACUUCUGUGGAGAAGAGGUGGAUGAUGUGUACCACAUAAUAAGGGAUUGUCCAGCGUGGGAUCCGGAAAGGAUCAGGUUGAAGAGGAAACUUGGACUGGCCCGCGACUUCACUCUCGGAGAUGUCAUAGAAGCCAUCACUGGAUCGGGAGAACGUUGGGCGGCCUUUUCUGCAUUUGCCGAAAAAGCUGCCGACAAAGCGGCGGCCAUGGCCAGGGACGGAGGCUGUGCGGCGGAGGACAUACGGGUAGGGGACAUCAAGUGGCCUGGGCACUGCGUGGGUGCAAUGCCCAUUAAGGGCCGCCAAUAA